UCUGAAGGAACUUCACUUCUCUGUUCAUCUUUCAUGGCGUGCUGUAAGAGCUGAAGAAAAGAGUUUCUGCCUCUCCUGACACACAGAGAUGGCUGCAGCUCUGACUGUCCUUCUCAUCGGCUGUCUGCUGCAAACUGCCCUGUGUGGACGGACUGAGGUCUUUAUACCACAGACUAUAAAAGUCCUGAGUGGAUCCUGUGUGACCAUCCCCUGCUCCUUUGAUGUAGAGGACCAGUAUAUCUCAAGUAUUGAUGGAACAUGUGGAGCAAUGUGGAAAUCUGAUAAACAGACUGAUGUGUUUGACAGCAGUAAUCCACAAUCAAGUGCAAUACAAGGAGAACUGAAAGGAGACUUGAAAAGAAGAGACUGCAGCACAACCCUGAACAACAUGAGACCUGAGCACAGCAAAGAAUAUUUAUUAAGAGUGCAAUGUGAUGUGUUCAAAUUUAAUUUUCAUGACCAGAAGUUGCACAUUUCAGUCACAGAUGAUCCACCCACACCGACUCUGACUCCGUCCACACUGAAGGUGGAGGAGGGAACCUCAGUGAGUUUGAAGUGCUCUGCUCCAGCUCCCUGUCUGUCUCAUCCUCCAGCUCUGACAUGGACCUCCAGCCUGGGUCACAUUCAGGACUCACUGCAGGAGAAUCUGGACAGAACUAAAGUCCAGACCUCUGUUCUGAACUUCACUGCUUCUCGCCUUCAUCACGGAAAGAUAAUCUCCUGUACUGCAGUCUACAACAAACAAGAUGGCAGCUCUCAGUCAGUUAGCAGCAGUUUGACAGCUGAUGUUUCAUUUGCUCCACAGAUCCUGUCCUCAUAUGGCUGCAUUCAAACUGCAGACCAGCUCAACUGUUCCUGUGAGACUGUGGGGAAUCCUCCUCCUGCUCUACAGUGGUAUUUGGAUGGGUUACCUGUCAAUCACUCUGACAGGUUUGCAAUCAGCAGUGAGCCUCUAAACAUCUCAGGUCUGAGGAGCAUCAUCACUGUGAGUCAACCACAACAGAGGGAUCUUUCCACUUUGCUCUGCCACAGCUCCAACUCCCUGGGAUCAGCUACUCAGAGAUUUUUUGUCUACAGCCUCGAGCCUCACGACUUCAUGAUGUUGCUAGUGUUCAUCACCAUAAUUGUGGCACUAUUUCUAGUAAUAUGUGGUCUGCUGUUGGUCAUCAGGGCUCAGAGGACUCACCAGGUCGUUCAUAAGAGCACAGGUGCUAUGAGCCAAGUUCUCACAAGUGGAGAGGCAGAUGAGGAACCCAAUGCAGAAGAAGAAGCCAUUUAUAGCAACGCCGACGAGGCGAGACAGGGAGAUGUCGCCGAUCUUGCAGCCAACCCCGAGCCAAACAGCGCCAACUUGCCCGGUGAGGAGGGCAGUGAUGUGAUUUACUCUACUGUGAAUUGGAAAACCAAGAGCAGGAAGAGGAAGGAAGAAGACUCUGAACAAGGGUCAGCCUGGUAACUCCUACCUUGAGGAGGAGAGGUGCGCAGUGGGAGCAAUGAGCAGAAAUUUUGUCAGUGAUGCACUUGAGAUGGGAAACCUAUACGAUGAAUUCCAGCUUGGACCGGAGAAUAAGGCAGUGGAAUGUGAAUAUGCCCAGGUUAAAUUUAAAUUUUUUGUUUUGUUUUUGUAGCUUGCUUUGAAAUGUAAAUUUAGAUUGAACAGAAUCAUGUUCCCUUUUUUUUUUAUGUAGUUUAUUUGGAUUUUUUAAAUUUUUACGGUUUUUUGGGUCACUUCAUAUUUUUGUGCAUAAUUAUUGUCAGGCUCGACAAAAAGAAAGGACUCAGAUGCAGAUUGGCGACGGUAAUGACCGGUUUUAUUUUCAGGUUUGUAUCUCUUCAGACAGAAUGAUAAAUAAAUUGGCUAUGAAAAACUUUGGGUCCAGAGGACAAGACAAGACAAUAAAGAACAUGAAAUGAACAAAAAAAACCCAUACUGAUCUCAAAAAACUAAUACUAUGAAAAUGUAAUAAACAAGAACUCACUCUCAGAGGAAAAAGCUCACAGGCUAUCAAAAUUAUGUACUCUAUGUUACAAAAAUUAUCAAAAGAAAAUGCUCCAAAGGAGGAAAAAGCAAGCACUAUCAAAUUAUCUGGCUGGAAACAAAAAGGUCUGACCAAAAAUUAUUAACACAAAAUCACUCAUCUUCAGAGGAAUACAAAGACAGAAAAUAAAACUUGACAAUACUUAACUUGGCAAGGAACAAGACUAUGAACAAGGCUGGAUAUAUUCAACAGGAUGAACGAAAUACUCUGGCAACACAGACAGGGAAAGACAAAGACUUUAUACACGUGAGGGAGGGGAGCACAGGUGGAAACAAUCAAGGAUUAGGGAUGAGGUCAGACCGGUGACACAAGAGGAAGGGCAACGACCUGAAACGAGAGGAGAGUUACCUUUCAAAAUAAAACAUGAAAUUCACAAGACAAAAAACCCAUGACAGGACAUCCCUCACUGUGGUGUGACAAUUAUAUCAUCACAUUAUAAUAGUGAUUAGCAUAUGUAAAUUGAGAGCUACCUUUCUGUUUUGCAUAAAUUUAGCAUGUUUUGUUUAUGUCAACAGACAACAGUAUAGAAAAUCUGUUUAGUUUUUUCAAAUGUUUUGUGUAUGUACAUAGUAUGCCUAUAAGCUACAGCAGAGGAUCCUAUUAUCACAAAGUGUGCUAGACAAUGGAAGGAGAAACAAACUCACAUAGUCUGUUUUAUUUGUAAGUUUUA